AUGGUUAGUCUUCCGAUGUGGCAGGAGAUGCUUUUGAUGUUGGGAGACUCGUACACGCCCGCAUUGCGGCGAUUUUUGUCGAUGGAGAAGAAGUUUGUUGCCGAUGAAGGUCUUCGCCAAGAAUAUAAACAGCUCAUGCAAGAAUACGACAGGUUGGGCCAUAUGAAGGUGCUGUCGCGCGCGUCGUGUAGCCCACAGUUUUUCCUACCCCACCAUGCCAUCCACCGUCCAGAAAGCUCAACCACAAAGAUUCGAGUAGUGUUCGAUGGAUCUUCUCGUGGUUCAACCCAGCUUUCACUAAACGAUGUUCUCUAUGCGGGACCAACAGUACAGCCAGCCCUGUACUCUACUGUCAUCAAUUUUCGGCUGCCACGUUUCGUCAUUACUGAUGAUGUGGAAAAGAUGUUCGGACAGAUUUUGCUCCACCCCGAAGAUCUUCGCUACCAACAAAUUCUAUGGCGGAAUGAUCCAUCAGAACCCAUUCGAACGUACCAGCUGCGAACCGUUACUUACGGUCUAGCUAGUUCACCGUAUCAUGCUACGCGAAUUCUAAACCAACUAGCUACAGACGAAGGAGAACGCUUCCCACUAGCAGUUCCGAUCAUUCAGAAAGGGACAUAUGUCGACGAUGUCCUUUCAGGACAUGACGAUCAUCAAAUAGCCAGCAAUUCGUGCAAACAGUUGAUGAGAAUGGUGCAAACCGCUGGUUUCGUACUCAGGAAGUGGGCUUCCAACGAUCUUUCUAUUCUUGUAGUCGUUCCUCUCGAGUUGUGGAACUCUUCCCCAGAAUUGUAA